UUCACAACACAUUUAAAUUUCCCCACCACCACCAUAACAUCUUCAAAUCCAAACCAAUCCAAAAGAAAAGCAAAAGCAGCUAGAACCAGAAGCCAUGGAUGACAUCAUUUCUUUAAUCCUCCAUGGAUGCGAGUUGGCUAGAGAGCUUGGAGAAACCCUACCCAACUUGGCCACCCAACCUGACUCACUUUUCAAUUCAUUGGAAAAAAUCACAAAGAUUUUUGGUUCAGCAAAGGAAAGGGUUUUACAUAGUCAAGAUUCAAGUAGUAGUUCAUAUCUUCACAACACUUUAACACUUGAGCACCAGCAGAUUGGAACAAGUGUUGAACAAUGGCUGAGGUCUAAUCCGCAGGCAAUGGAUAUAAUCCAAACCCAACUAGCAGCUGAUCGAAACGAAGCGAAGAUCAGUGGCGGCAUUGAUAUCCGGGGUUUGGAGGCGGCAGUUAGGGGUUCUCAGGCAGUGGAUGUUGUGCCAGCUUCUGACUUGAACAUUGCUUCAUCAAGCUCACAAAGACCGCGACAAAGGAAAGAUCAAGGGUUAAUUAGCAAAAUGACAGUGCCAGCACCUAGGAUUGGAAACACUGAAAUCCCACCAGAGGAUGGCUUCACUUGGAGAAAAUAUGGUCAAAAGGAGAUCAUAAACAGCAGAUUCCCAAGGAGUUACUAUAGAUGCACCCAUCAAAAGUUGUACAAUUGCCUGGCCAAGAAGCAUGUCCAGAGGCUGGACGAUGAUCCCUCGACAUUUGAAGUAACGUACAUAGGUGAACACACAUGCCACAUGUCAGCCACUGCACCUUCAAUUCUAACACCCACAGCAGAUCAUCAUAUUACACAAGAUCAGAUGGCAGCAACCACUGAGCCUCCAACAUCUCGAUGGCUUUCCAUGGACUUUAACCCUAUUAGAGGGGGCAGCAGCAGCGGUGGUAUGAUCGGUGGCAGUUGUGGCGGCGGUGGUGAUGACGUCGGUACAUCCACCGGCACACGUUACCCCGGUAAAGAAGUUGACUUUCCUGUGAUGGAUUUGGCUGAUGCUAUGUUUAAUUCAGGCAGCAGCAGCAGCAGUAUGGAUUUUAUUUUCAGUUCUGCUGAACGUACAUGGGAGCCAGAUGACAAGAAAAAUUGAGAUCACUAGGCAGGAAAUGCUUGUACUUGGGCCGGCAGGUCAAUUUUCUUUAUAAUGUUGUUCAGCCAAUGAAAAGAUCAUAGGAGCUAAUUAACCAAAUUAAUCUGAGUCAGUCAUCCUAGUCUUCUAGGGAGGUUAAUUAAAGUAGUUUCACA